CAUCAGCAGAUAUUGAAUUAAUUAAUAACUGGUAUUACAGAAGCCAGAUCUAUCAUCAACGAUUGAAUGUAUAAUUCUCUACCUUAUUCACUCACAACAAAUCCUCGUGUGCUUCCAUCCACCUCCACCGCUUGAAGCAUGCGUACCAAUUGUCUACUGUAAACAAUCUUCUUCAGUGUCCUGUCAACAGGUGUUGUGACAACACUCAUCACAAGCAUGGAAACUGUUAAGAAGUUUGAUAUUUUCCAAUAUGACUCCAAGGACUUUAAUUUCAUUGUCCAACAAAAUCAUCAGGAUGCGAAUGACUCCAAGUUUGAUAGGAUUCUGAAAGAGAAAUACGAAGAAGGUAUGAAGAACAACAUUUUCCGAUACAAAUUGAACAUCAGUGAAUCUAAAAUCCUAGAUGGACAAUACAGGUUUUUUGCACAGCUGAAUGUGGAAAGAGGUUCAAAUCGCCGAGCUCCUGAAGACAUUCAGUCAAUGAAUACUCCAUUUGAUCCAUCAAGAUUUAAUUUCACGAAAAUCAGUGAUAAGGAAAUUUACUUUGAUAUUUGUGUUGGUGAUGGAAAUAAUGUUGUAGCAGCCAAUGUCAGUCCAGUGGAGUAUGGACAUUGUUUAUUUCUACCAGAGAGGUUAAAAUGUCUACCACAGCAAGCUACUAAAUUCAGUAUCAUUAAAGUUAUUGAAUUAUUCCUCCUCAGUAAAUCACCGUACCUCAGGGCAGCAUACAACUCACUGUGUGCUUAUGCAUCAGUGAAUCAUCUCCAUUGGCACUUGUAUUAUUUAAAUAUUCCAAUGCUGCUAGAAAAAUAUCCUUUAGAAUGUCUGUCUGAGCCUUUAUAUUUAUUAGAAAAUUACCCAGCCAAAGGUUUCUGUAUUAAACAAUCAUCAUUUCUAGACAAUGAUUACCUUAGUUUUGCUUCUGCAGUCUAUUUGUUUGUUAAAUAUCUCCAGGAACAACUUAUUCCACAUAAUGUUUACAUAACAAGAGCUAAAAAAUCUAGGGAAAGUAUCAGCUAUGAUGAUAUAAGGGUCUAUAUCUGGGCUAGAAAACCAAACUUUGGGAUCAAGAACACUCUAGGAUUUCUUCCAGCUGUUAAUGAAUUCUCUGGGCAUUUAUCGAUUAAAACUAAAGAAGCUUAUGAGUCGCUGACUGAAGAUAUGGUUGCUCAAUGCAUGGAAGAUGUUACAAAUGAUUUCUUUUUGAAGCUUAAAAAAAACCUUGAAGAUAAGAAUAAUAUAUUUGAUGGAUCAUAACUUAAAUAAAUUAAUUUAAACAAUAGAUAAAAAGUGUGAAGAAUGAAUUAAUUAAUGGAAAAAUAUGCACGUGUAUACAAAAGUAAUGAUACUUUUGGUUUCUGUUAGGGAGGUUAAAAUUUUAGGUUAAGUCUAACUUUAAUAUAAUAAAUAAUAAUAAUAAUAAUAAUAAUAAUAUUUAUUGGAUUUAAAACUCCAAAGUUCUAC